AUGCAUAGAAUCUCUAGCUUUCUCACGAUAUUCCCCGUAUUGCCACGUGUCCAUGUUAUGGAGCGAGCAAUUCCUGAGGGUUACAAUUGUAUAUCCAUUAAAAGUAAUAUAAUGAAUGGUUUAAGCGAUCAAGAAGUUGGUCAACUGCAUCAGGAUGUAGUCUCAUGGCCGAUUGAGUCUAGCAACAAGGGAGACAGGAGGGGUGAUCCGGGAUUUGGAAAUCCAGGAUUCUUUGGGACUGGCAGUGAGGGUGAUCUAGGUUUUCUUGAGACUGGCAUUGAAGGUGGUCCAGAAUUUGGAAAUCCCGGAUUCUUUGGGGUUGGUAGUGAGGGUGACUCGGGAUUUGGUAGUUUUGGGUCAUUUGGGAUUGGCGACAAGGGAAGAUCAGGGUUUUCCGUUCCUGGGAAGGUUGGGUCUUGUAUUGAGGGUGACUCGGGAUUUGGUAGUUUCGGGUCAUUUGGGACUGGCGACGAGGGAAGAUCGGGAUUUUCUGUUCCUGGGAAGGUUGGGUCUUGUAUUGAGGGUGACUCGGGAUUUGGUAGUUUCGGGUCAUUUGGGAUUGGCGACGAGGGAAGAUCGGGGUUUUCCGUUCCUGGGAAGGUUGGGUCUUGUAUUGAGGGUGACUCGGGAUUUGGUAGUUUCGGGUCAUUUGGGACUGGCGACGAGGGAAGAUCGGGGUUUUCCGUUCCUGGGAAGGUUGGGUCUUGUAUUGAGGGUGACUCGGGAUUUGGUAGUUUUGGGUCAUUUGGGACUGGCGACGAGGGAAGAUCGGGGUUUUCCGUUCCUGGGAAAGUUGGGUCUUGUAUUGAGGGUGACUCGGGAUUUGGUAGUUUCGGGUCAUUUGGGACUGGCGACAAGGGAAGAUCGGGGUUUUCCGUUCCUGGGAAGGUUGGGUCUUGUAUUGAGGGUGAUUCAGGAUUUGGUAGUUUCGGGUCAUUUGGGAAUGGCGACAAGGGAAGAUCAGAGUUUUCCGCUCCUGGGAAGGUUGGGUCUUGUAUUGAGGGUGACUCGGGAUUUGGUAGUUUCGGAUCAUUUGGGACUGGCGACGAGGGAAGAUCGGGGUUUUCCGUUUCUGGAAAGGUUGGGUCUUGUAUUGAGGGUGACCUAGGAUUUGGUAGUUUCGGGUCAUUUGGGACUGGUGACGAGGGAAGAUCGGAGUUUUCCGUUCCUGGGAAGGUUGGGUCUUGUAUUGAGGGUGACUCGGGAUUUGGUAGUUUCGGGUCAUUUGGGACUGGCGACGAGGGAAGAUCAGGGUUUUCCGUUCCUGGGAAGGUUGGGUCUUGUAUUGAGGGUGACUCGGGAUUUGGUAGUUUCGGGUCAUUUGGGACUGGUGAUAAGGGAAGAUUGGGAUUUUUCGUUCCUGGGAAGGUUGGGUCUUGUAUUGAAGGUGACUCAGGAUUUGGUAGUUUCGGGUCAUUUGGGAAUGGCGACGAGGGAAGAUCAGGGUUUUCCGCUCCUGGGAAGGUUGGGUCUUGUAUUGAGGGUGACUCGGGAUUUGGUAGUUUCGGGUCAUUUGGGACUGGCGACGAGGGAAGAUCGGGGUUUUCCGUUCCUGGAAAAGUUGGGUCUUGUAUUGAGGGUGACUCGGGAUUUGGUAGUUUCGGGUCAUUUGGGACUGGCGACGAGGGAAGAUUGGGUUUUUUCGUUCCUGGGAAGGUUGGGACUUGUAUUGAAGUUGACUUAGGAUUUGGUUGUUUUGGGUCAAUUGGGUCUGGUGACGAUGGAAGAUUAGGGUUUCCCAUUCCUGGUAAAGUUGGGUCUGGUAGAGAGGGUGACUUGGGAUUUGGUAGUCCCGGGCUAAUUGGGACUGGUAUUGACGGUGAGUCGGGCGUUGGUAGAUCUGGAUCUACCGUUCGGGCUAAACGAGCCUCACUUAAUUGUAUCAACGUGAUAGUGAAAAGGAACCAAAUAACAAGGGAUAAAAGACUUGUGAAGGUGCGAUUGAGAUGUGGCUUGCAAAUGAAUAAGAGACCAGUAAUAAAUGAUUGUGAGCCAACCUAUCACAAUCAUAUUCACCCCGUCAAUCAUAAUCCUCCUCAUGGUCCACGGUCCGAAAAGGAAGUUUCAUUUUACGAGGAUUCUGACGAUGACUACGACAAGACUAUAGAAGUAGAAUAUGGAACUCAUGAAGGCGAGAUAAACCCAAUGGAAAUCCAGGGAGGACCAAUUCCGGUAGUCAAUCAACCACCAUCGACUGAAUACGAACAACAAAUGACCUAA